GCGGGUUGUGAGCGCGAGGCAGUCCCAGCUUGAUUUGUACACUACACUCACAUUUACUGGGUGAGCCUCACUCUCUACUGCUUCACUUGAUUCUGUGAUAAGUUGUGCAAGACCGUCUUUACCUGAUGAGACGCAUUCUGAAGCGCUUGGUCCGUCGCAGGCGUCGUGUGGUGGUUCACCUCCUCCUCGGUGUGUUCAUAGUGUGUGUGAUGGUGGAGUGGUGCAGGGAGACGAGGACGACACUUCUGGCCAGUGACAUUUCGACGACAGAUGACGACCUUCUCCUAGAUAGGGAUACUAGCGUCUUGUCAGACCUGGACCAUCAGCUGCUGUCCGACCUCGACCCUCACCAACUGUCAGAUGUCACUCCGCAUUUACAACCAGAUGUGGUUGGUGGCUUUAAAGACGAAUUCUUCGCACCGGCGCUGGACGCCUUCCGGGCGGCUUCUGAUGGGUCUUACCCAGUGCUGUCUCAAAGGUUUAGAUCUGGCACCACUCCUAAAGCUUUUGUUUACACUGAGCGACACUUCGUCAAUAACGGGUGGUUUAAGUACCACAUGUUGGACGUGGAGCAGAACCUGUGUCCCCUGCUGUGCAAGGUCACCACUAACCUAAGUGAGAUGUCAACGGCAGACGUGGUAUUGAUACACUUACGGAGUGUGGCAACUAGAGAGAAAGUGCUGAUGGACCUAGGUCCCCGUGACCCUUCUCAGCCCUGGGUUAUGUUUGAGCCAGAAACGCAUUUACAGUCUAACUCCCUCUUCCAUACGAAUUAUAAGUUGCUAAAUGGGUUCUUCAACCGCACGAUGCAUCACCGGAGAGACUCAGACAUCCUAAUACUCAAUGGGUUUAUUGUGGGGCGUGGCCGGAACGCAUCCUUCCUGCCUCCAUCAUGGCGUCAAGACCCUGUACUAUUCCCAAACAAAAUCAGGAGAAAACUGGCCGUGGCAUUCGUUUCCAACUGUAAGGACAACAGUGGAAGGUUACGAUAUAUCCAAGCAUUGAAGAAAUACGCUCCUGUUGAUGUGUAUGGCAGAUGCGGCGACCUUAAGUGUGGAAGUUCUCGAUAUGCUGAGCAUGCAUACAAACCUGCAACGGAUCCCUGCAUGAGGAUGGCUGGCGAUAGUUACCUGUUUUAUUUGGCGUUUGAAAACGCCUUGUGUUCGGACUAUGUAACGGAGAAACUGUACAACCUUCUUUACUAUCCACUAAUUCCGGUGGUGCUCGGGGCGGCCAACUACAGCGCCCUGAUGCCUCCUGGCUCCUACAUCAACGCCCUCCACUACACACCCCAACAACUGGCUUACAAACUGAAGCACCUCGCCAAUCACCCUCAGGUAUGCAUAAAGGCGUACUGGUAA